UGUCAGCUACACGCUGGAUACUGUAGCACUUCAUUCUGUCCGAAAAACCAGACAGUUUUAUGAUCACUAUCAAAACACUAACUCUAGGUUGAGUAACAGAGUUCAUAAUUAAAAGCUAACUUCAAAUUAGGUUCAUACAGAGGGUGAAUAUACCAGCAGCUGUUUAUCUCUGCGCCUGUGUCUCCUCUCGUCCUUCCCUCUGGGUCAACUCAUCCAGGCCCCGCAGCAGUGAAGCCUAGAGAGCAUUCCCUUGUUGUCUCUGCCUCCUUUUUUUUUCCUCACGAGGGGAGGAUUUUAUCGCAACAGCAGGAACAAACUCUGACAUGGGAGCUCAAACACAACACACAUGCGGCUUGUGCGCACUGAAGCACUCUUGCCCUCUUCCUUUCACUCCAAUGCAAUCCUUUCGUGCAAGCUACAAAGCAGCUGACCUUACAACAAAAGCUGCACACUGCACAGAGGAGAGGGGGGUAAAAGGAAAGGAGAAGUGACAGCUCUUAGUCAGUUAGCACUGUGACUAACUCUCUUGGAAAAAAGUCUGCGUGACAAGAGCAGCAGGACGGAUGAUACGGACAAGACAAUACCUACAACGGAAAGUAAAAUAGGCUUCCAGGAGUCAAGACAGUGGAGGAUUUUUUUCUGACACAAGUGAAGCGCAUUUGACACAGAGGGACAUCAACCGCAACCGAAGGAAUGAAGUUUUCAAGGACUGACCCAUAGGGACAAAAAAGCAGGAGACUGUUUUCAUCUUGGUCCAUUUUCCUGAAUAUCUCACAAAAGCAUCGGUGGUUUUCAGAUUUUUCUGGACGGUCUGCUGUGAACGCCAUGCCCCUGUUCAGCUGGAUGAAGUGGUCUCAUGAGACAAGAGUGCAGACUCAGGAUGAAGAGGCACCUCUCAAGACCACAGGGGUUGUCCCCAGCCGCAGGUUGAUCAGAGAGCUCCUGUGGCAUAUGGAGGACCGUGAGCAACUGGCGAGGGAACUUGAGCGAGAGCACAGGCUGGCCAACAGCUCCAUGGGUGUCCAGUGGUUUCAGACGAACCCUCGGUUACAGACCCUUAUCCCCACAUCAGAGCUGUACCAGCUAGAGUUUCUGUGUGCCCAGAUCCCACCUAUCCACGCGGCCACCGUCCUUUACAGGUUUCGUGAGGUGCUUGCCACCAACAAUAUAAGGCCCUGGGAGCUGGCGUCUGUCUUCAAGCAGGUGCUGAGAGACUUUGUGAACGAAGAGGACGACCUCUCAGUGCAGCCAGCACAGCUCCCACCAAUGGAGGCUUGGACCAGCCGCUAUAAAAUAAAGCAGGGCUUUGUCACACCUACCGUCCCCAACUGUGGAGACCGUCCAAGGGAGGAGAUCCCAACAAUCUCUGGAUAUGUGGACAGGGCCAUGCGGCACUCCAGUUCAUUCACAGCCAACUGGGACUGGGACCUUCCAUAUUACCAUCCAGUAUCUCUCAGGCCCAAAGGGGCUUACAGCACAACACUUUGAAAGGGCAUACUGACUCACACGAUCUAGUUAACACAAGGAAAAGUAGUUAUUACAUUCUCAGCAUGGGAGGACAAGAUUUAAAAAAAGAAAACAACAACUGAUAAUUUGAAUUAGUUUACAAUAUUUCAAGGUUUUUGACCAAAAUGCAUGGACUACGUAGUUUAUUGCCUGCCCGUACUCAAUAAUCCCAUAUUUUUGAGAGAUUUUCCUUAGUAUUGAUUACAAACCCCAGUAAGUCUUUGUAGAGUUCAGGAAGUAUUUUAAAAGGGAUGUUGGCACUUGAUGUGAAAACACAAGUACAACCAGGACCAAUGGGUUUCAGCCUGUUUCGCUUGUGAGGCUUUAAAUUGAAACAAAGUACCUGCAACAGCUCAUCGGACUGAAAAUAUCUUUGAGUUUUGAAAGUUAAAACAAAGAUUGAUAUUCUCUGUUUCAACAGUUUUAAAGCCAUAAACAGGUACUACUGUCAAGUAGUUAAAAAUAAACAUAAUUUGUGUAGUAUGCAUUUUUUUGGUUUUAUUUCCCAUCUUGUUAAUCAUCAUGUGACCCCUUGGGUGCUUCCAAUGCCCAGGUUUGGAACUACUGACGAAGAGUGUUUUGAUUUAGUUGCCAACCAAGGACAGUAAGCGACACCUGAUGUUUUCUACUGUUAGUCAGGAGAACACUGGGGACAAAUCCUCUGUACUUCAUUUUCUCCAAAUCUGCUAAUGGCUAGUCCCAGUGCUGAUACAUUUAGUGCAUUCAUAUGAACUUCAUUACUCCCAGCUGUGCAACGUAAGCAAGAUAAAAAUCUAUAGAAACAAGUGUUGAAAAUAAAGAAAAAUAACAACAGUUUAAAAACCCAUCUAUGCCACAUUUGUCUACACACAAAUUCCAUGUUACAUGUUGUUUAUGCACUAUUUGCUUGUUUACUUGCAUUCUAGAAGUGGCCUGCUCAUUGUGACCACAAAGUGACCAAUCAGGGGAGAGGAGCGUCAGUCCCUGACCCCGCCUCCGAGGUCUGGAAACUUAACUUUCCCUGUGGUUGGUGAGCAUUUCGUGAUGGCGCGUGGGGUACGGAUGGUUUGUUCGCGCGCGAUUGUUCAGACCAAUAAACCUCAUUCACACUAUCAAACAUAAUUAUUAUUUUGAAUACAAUGGCUAGCCGAUUGCACUUUCUCUAACUGUAGCGCACACACACGCUGCCAUUGCAGAUCUAGUAGCCGCCAAAACAAAUGCUGGCCAUCUGAACACUGCAGCCUAACUUCUUCACGACUAACUUCAGUUCCUGUUAGACAAAACAGGCCGUCAUCCUCUCACGUGUUUAUGCACUGUUACUGUAAUAUUUCAAAACGUUAGCCUGUCAGGGUUUGUGGCUAAAUAAAUUCUGGCACACGACAGGUGCGAUGCAUGAGGUUAGCCAGCUUUAAGCUAACUGAGCAUGGCCUCAAUCUCACCUGGUCUCUCUCGACGCUGGUUCCUCGAA